CUCACCCGUGUUGAACUCCCCGUGAAGAACGCCCGACGGCAAGAUUAUCGUAGUCGCACCCAUGAAGAAUCAUGUUUUCGGUUAGUGGUAUUCGAAAUUUCAACAAGAGUUGUGGCAUCAUCGGUCGUUGUCAUGCGGGUAAGAGCACUCUAUUGGAAGCAUUUGAGUUGGGAACUAGGUAUCUGAGUAUUUGCAGCACCGACAAGCCUUCACAAGGCCCUGACGUGGCGGUCGGUCUCGCUACUGACCUCGGCAAGAAUGCUGCGACUCCAGGAACAGCAUUGCGGCUGCAAAUGCCGUUAUUUGGUGAUGACAGACUUGUCACAAUCGCAGACAUUUUUCGCACCGUCGCCGUGCCAGCUUCGAUCGCUGUUGAGGAGAUCGACAUAGAGAGCAUCGAGGACGAAGAUGCUCUCGCGGACGGUGCAGGAGCUGACGAAGUGGCAUCGGAACUUGUAGCAUUACCAGAACAUGCAAAAUGGCUCUCGGACGCGCGGUCGCAAGUGGGUCUGUGCCAUGUCAUAGAUGCCUUCUCGACGUCCUCCUCACCAGACGAACUUGCAGCCCAAAUUGCACGAGAGAACCAACGAAUCAGGCGCAUUUUUCGUGCGGCAGACCGGGAAUUUCUAGAUCGGCGUGGUCCCCCUAUGCGUAGGAAGAACCCGGCCCUUUUUGAUAACGAGCUGGGCCCUGCGCUAGCGGCGAUACUGGCUGAACUAGCCAAAGAUACUCAGCCGUUUGGGAAGAGUGACCAAGAGCAGAGCAGGCUUCGCAAACUAGUACACGGCGAUGCUGCGUCAACUACAUCCGAAGCCGUGGUACCAGCCGUUAUUAGCAACCAACUUCUCAGCACAAAAGGCAUCGUGACACUUGUAAAUGUCCAAGCAGAACAUCUGGCGGAUUGUCUUGACAAGUUCAAAUGUUUGAAGAAUGUUGUAGCGGAAGCGAGCGAUGCCGCGAAGAAAAGUGGUGAACCAGCUAGUAGCGGCGAUUCAAGUAACCUUUCGAAGAUGUGCCAGCAAAUAGAAAAAGGUAAAAUUCACGUGAUUUCAGCACAGCUUGAGUCGGACUUAGCUCAAAUGAGAUUAGACGAGGCAGAGAUGCAGGACGAUAGCACUCCCGAGGUAGCAGAACAACGGGACAAUCAGACUACCACGAAAGCGCCAACGGCCGUUCCCUUCUCUCCACUCCGGUUACCGUCCUCGCGGUCACCAUUUGCAGUUGAGUAUCUCGCGUCUUAUGGUCUAAAGCCGCAGCAGCAGGAACAGUUGUUGUCGAGCCUUCUCCACACUGGUUUGCGACAAACAGCACUGAGCUUAAAAGCUUAUUAUACUGCAGGUGAGAUGGAGGCGCGAGCAUGGCUUUAUCCAUCGGAUUGGCGAAUCGAUCAGGCAGCUGGUGUUAUACAUUUAUGAGACAGAAUAAUUGUUGUACAAGUACAAGUCUGGAAAGAAACUGUUAUAUUGAAGACAUGUUGAUAUUCAAGCUACAGCUGCAACAGACAUGCGGCAAGGUUACUAAUAGGUACUAAGUAGUAGCAUUUCAUUCUUUCCCGUCUUUCAAGUCAUCAAUGUGAAUUAUAUAUAUAAAAUAUGUAUUUAAACCCACAAUUUUAUUUUCAUAGUUUCGAGACUUCGCAUCGACGUUCAACGCUGCCCUGGUGUGGCCCUAUGAAGCCAUCGUUCGGGACCGUAGAAAGGACAGCACUGCCAAGUUGAAAUGCGGGAAAGAUCACACAAUGUCCGAUGGUGACAUCGUGGAGUUUCAACUAAACCAAAAUUCUUCUGCAGUUAGAAAAACCUCAAAACAGCAAAGUUCGCAGCGAAGCGCGCGUGCGUGACCGCCGUUGUUGUAGUACGCAUGACGAUCACAUAUGAUGUGCAUAGAAACGAGCCAAGGCUCAAUCAUUUUCGUAACUUUACUUCUCUAACAGUGCAUUGCAUUCAAUGAUUGAAGACUUAUUGGUUUUGGGUUCAUGUUUUGCUAUUCGUCGUGGAACGAAGGAGUCUCCACUACGACUAUACCAUGCUAGCACAAUUACUGCAGGUGACGCAGACGCAGCAC